AAUCCUCCAUAACAUUCUCCCUAACACUAAAUUCUUCUAGCAAACAAUUUAAUAAAUGCACCAUUUCAUGACAUAUAAAAAGCGUGCACCUCCUCCUCACCGAUCAACAACAAUAGAAACACUUUGAUCACCAUUUCAUAGUAUAAUUCACUCUCAUAAAUCAUCAAUCACAAUGUCGCUCAUCCCAAGCUUCUUCGGCCGCCGCAGCUCCGACCCAUUCUCCCUCGAUCUCUUAGACCCUUUCCGCGACUGGCCCGUGGCUUCCUCCGGCCACGAGACGUCGCAGUUCGCGGCGACUCGGGUGGACUGGAAGGAGACGCCGGAGGCGCACGUGUUCAAGGCCGACGUGCCCGGCCUCAAGAAGGAGGAGGUGAAGGUGGAGGUGGAGGAAGGGAACGUCCUCCAGAUUAGCGGCGAGCGCAGCCGAGAGAAGGAGGAGAAGAACGACACGUGGCACCGCGUGGAGAGGAGCUCUGGGAAGUUCCUGCGACGCUUCCGCCUCCCGGAGAAUGCGAAGGUUGAACAGGUGAAGGCGAGUAUGGAGAACGGGGUGCUGACGGUGACGGUGCCGAAGGAGGAAGUCAAGAAGCCUGAGGUCAAGUCUAUUGAUAUCUCUGGUUGAGUUGGAAUUUGAAUAAGCAUGUGCAUUCAUUUUUACUUAUAAAGUGUGUGUGUGUUUUGUUUUGUAAUCAUGUUUGAAUGUGUAUUGAGUCGAAUGUAACACAUGUGCAAUGAAGAAGUGAAAUGAAAUAAUCUUUUAUGUUUUA